UCACGAGCAAAGUUCAGCGGUUUCAGGUUUUGUGAUUGCCGAAUAAUUGCCUGCGAUUAGAUUGUUUAUGAAAUCUCAACGGGCGGAUAACUAACUUCGCCAUGCUUCGCUCUGGCGGCAGAUUCAUUUUUACCAGGCUCUGCAGCAGCAUGAAGGUGAAAGUGCCCGUGAAACAAGGCGUUGUGGUGGGCCAAAAAAAGAAGUUGGCGAAUGGAUUGGAGUUCAACAGUUUCCUGGGUGUUCCCUAUGCGGAACCUCCUGUGGGAGAGCUGCGUUUCCGGAGCCCCCGGCCACUGCAACGAUUUGUGGAGCAGGAACUGGACUGCAGCAAGGAGCGGAAUGUGUCCCACCAGCGAGAUCCCUUCACCCUGGAGGUGGCUGGCUCCGAGAACUGCCUCUUCCUCAAUGUCUAUGCACCCAACGGAGCCAGAACGAGGAACUCUCUUUCUCCGCUGCCCGUCAUGGUCUGGAUUCAUGGAGGAGGCUUCUUCUUCGGCAAUGGCAACAGUGACUUCCACUUUCCCGCCAAGCUCAUGGAGCAGGAUGUCAUUGUGGUCACAUUAAACUACCGACUGGGAGCCCUGGGAUUCCUGAGCUUACCCGAGGAGGGCAUCCAUGGGAACAUGGGGCUCAAGGACCAGCGUCUGGCCCUCCAGUGGGUGCAGGAGAACAUAGCCAGCUUCAAUGGCGAUCCCAACAAUGUGACCUUGUUCGGUGAGAGUGCGGGCGCUGCUUCAGUGCAUCUGCACACUUAUGCCCGCCAUGCCAACCGACUGUUCCACAAGGCCAUUAUGCAGAGUGGAACGGGCAACAUGGAGUGGGUGUUCCAGAACGAGGCGGCUGUCAAGACCCGCCACCUGGCCAAGCUACUGGGUGGCGGUGAUUUUGGCAGCGACACCAAAGCACUCCUGGCCUUCCUGCAGUCGGAGAAGGUCACCCCCACUGGCAUUUUGGCCAACACCAUGAAAGUCCUCACAUCCGAUGAGCGGCGACGCCACUUGCCAUUCGCCUUCAAGCCAGUGGUGGAGGAUAGCAGCAGUCCGGACAGCUUCAUUGACCAGAACGUCUUGGAGCUGAUGUGCAAAAAGGACUCUCUCGCAGGAAUGCCUGUGAUGAUGGGCUACAACUCGGCCGAGGGACUGGCCAUGGUAGUAAAGGCCAAGCAGAAACUGGAGGCCUACGAGGAUGAUCUAGCCAGAAUGGUUCCCCGCAAUCUGGUGCUGGAUCCGCAGUCUCCGGUGGCCCAGGAAGCUGCUUCCGACAUACGAGCCUUCUACUUCAACGGCCAGCCGCUGACCAGGGAGAAUCUGGACAACCUAGUGGAUCUGUUCACCGAUUACCACUUCAGCAUGGACCUACAGCACGCGGCGGAGAUCCACGCCAGCUGCCAGACGCAAUCGCCGCUGUACUUCUAUCGCUUGGACUACGUGGGCGGUCGGAAUAUGUACAAGAAAAUCUUCCAGAACGAGGAUUUGCGUGGAGUGGCCCAUGCGGAUGACAUUUGCUAUAUUUUCCAAAUGGCGGGAGACGACGCCGAGAUGAGGGAGGAUGACCUGCUGGUUACGGAACGAAUUUGUAAGAUGUGGGCGAGUUUCGCUCGCGAUGGCAAGCCAUCGGAAAGUUGGACUCCGAUCCAGAAACCCCAGGCUGACAAACCCUUCCAGCUGGACUGCCUACUCAUCGACCGGGAGCUGAAGAUGUGCGCCAAUCCGGAUGGCGAAAGGAUGGACUUUUGGCGGAGCAUGUACAGGAGAUACAGGAGCAAGUGCUACGAAGCUUUGAGAGCUAAACUUUAAAUCAUAACUUUAAUAAAGUACCCUCAUUAAUUUAAA